AUGCAGAAUUUGAUGUUUAUUCUAUCCCUGGGAUUGCUAUCCUGUGUGGCAGCUAGGUCGACUGUUGGUCCUGUUCUUUUCAACCCACCAGUAUCGCCGUUUGGAGUUUUUCCAGGACCCACUGGCUAUGCUGUUGCUCCAUUUGCUGGUCCUUUUGGGGGUGCCUUUCCUAUUCCAUUGACUGCUUCACUGGCUUCUCCUUUGGGUAAUGCUCCAGGUCCUGCUCCAUUAGCGGUUUCCAGCAGCCAACGUUUGGAUUACUUCAACCAGUUUAAUGCCGCCUUUUCUCCCAAUGCUCCUGCCCGCAUCCUGGCUGCCACUCCCACUGGUCGUCUUAUUGCUCCCGGAGUAGCUGGCCCAUUUUUCUUAUAG